AUGAGGCGGAAUCGCUCCCCUACAUCGCCUUCGCCCUAUCGCGCCCUCGCCCAUGGCGCCGGCGUCGGCGGUGUGCCAGAUUCCAUCUCCCUCCUCAGGUCCUUCAAUGUCGACACAAACCCUACCCGGCCCAUGCGGCCUUCCCCGCUGACCGCAUCAACCAUACGCGAUAUGCCACUCGACUUGGUUGACCGCAUUAGAUCUUUCCCCUUGUUCGUGUCCGCACCCGAUGAAUUCUUGGCUGCCAUUGGGAACCACCUAAGGCCGCAGGUUCAUGCCGCCCAGGACCAUAUCCUCACCGAGGGCGACGAUGCACGAGCAAUGUACUGGCUGGUGCGCGGGGUAGUGGCCGUCACCUCGCGCGAUGGCGAGGCCAUAUACGCCGAACUCAAGCCCGGCGCCUUUUUUGGUGAGAUUGGCGUUCUGAUGGACAUUCCCCGGACGGCAACCAUCGUGGCCCGGACGAAAUGUCUGCUCGUCGUCCUUAAGAAGGAGGACCUCCAGGCCGAGUUGCCAAAGUUUCCCGAUAUGGAGAAGGCAAUUCGCCACGAGGCCCAAGAGCGACUCAACAUUCUCAAGAAAAAGCGCCAGGAAGGAGGGCAUGCCACCAAGCCGCCGCCGACCCUCAUUAACGGCGCCAGAGAGCCAGCGCCUGGUGAGGUUUCAACGGGCGAGAUAGGCACCAUCAGUCAAGGCACAGUUAUCAAUUCGAAGAAGCGGAAAUCCCCCAGCCCAGGAGCCAUCGAGGACCCUGCCGCGGGCAGCGCUCUGGGCAGUGGUUUUGUCAACGUGCGCAGGACAUUACGGGAGCUGCCCCUGUUCUCAACGUUGCCUCCCGACAUUCUCCACCAGCUGGGCUUGAGUGCCCAGCCGAAGACUUAUUCGCCCUUCACAGACAUCGUCCAGCAAGGAUCAGCGGGCAACGAGAUCUUCUUCAUUGUGCGCGGCGAGGCGGAAGUCAUACGCGAGACGCAAAACAGCAACGAGCCCUUCAAGAAAACCACCCGCGCGACAUACCUACGGCCGAGGCUGAAAGCCGGUCAGUACUUCGGAGAGGUAGCCAGUCUGGGGUUGUCCGAAGGCCGGACAGCAACUGUGCGGGCCAUCACGACGGUUGAAUGUCUGAUGAUACCCGGCGAUGCACUAGACACGCUCUGGAGCCGCUGUUCGCCCGAUAUCAAGUCUCAGGUGGAAGAGACGGCUCGCAAGAGGUACAAGACGUCGGACGAAGACGUAGAAAUGACAUACGCGGACCCGAGAGAGCGGCCCAGCAAGUCAGACCCUUCCACGCCGACGACGCCCAGUGCUCUGCCGCACUUGACCUUCACAACCCCUUCAAAGCCCACAUCCCCCACAAAAGAUGAUGGCGAAACCAUGGAGCCCAAGGACCCGGAUCCCUUCUUGAGCGUGGACAUGGAGAACAUGCGGAACAGGAGACGCAAUUCCCUGGCCCCGCCCACGCCGCAGUCUGAUCCCUCGUCGCCGAUAUCCCUCAAUGGCUUCAGAGUGCAUCAGGUCGAAUCGACGCCGCUGCGCUACUCAAUGCCUCAGUCCCCUCCCGACUCGGAGGUGCCAGUCAAGCGAGCCCGUACGCUGCCGAGCCGGCCUCACCCGGCCUUGGUCCCCGCUCUUCCCGACGACAUGCUCAUUGCCGUCUUCCGGUAUCUGGACAUUGCCGAGCUGAUGCGGGCGCGACUCGUUUCCCACCAUUGGCGCAGAUUGCUAACGACACACCCCAAGGUGUGCCUGGAUCUGGACCUGUCCGGGCACAACAGGCGAGUAACGGAUGUGGCCAUCAAGACAGUAAUUGGCCCUUUUGCCGGUACGCGUCCCGAGGCUAUCGACAUCAGCAACUGUUUCCACAUCACGGAUGAUGGGUUCCGCAAUUUGUGGGAAAGCUGCGGCCGCAAUGUCAAGCGGUGGCGCAUGAGAUCAGUGUGGGACGUGUCGGCGAACCAGAUACUGGACAUGGCGGAGAACGCGAAAGGCCUCGAGGAGAUCGAUUGGAGCAACUGCCGCAAGGUCGGUGACAAUUUACUCGCCCGCGUGGUCGGUUGGGUGGUUCCCGAGCCGCCGCCGCCGCAGCCGCCGAGCAAGCAAGUGGUGAUAUCCAGCUCGACGGCGAAGUCGAGGCCUCAAAAAGCGGUGAUGCAGCAGCAAGCCCAACAGAGGGCAGCAGCCAACAUUCCCAAGCCGGGCACCGUCAUUGGCUGCCCGGCCCUCAGGCACCUCAACCUGUCGUACUGCAAGCACAUCACGGACAGGUCGAUGGCGCAUCUCGCAGCGCACGCGUCCAACAGGCUGGAGACGCUGUCUCUGACGCGCUGCACGUCCAUCACGGACGCGGGCUUCCAGUCGUGGGCCAACUUCCGUUUCCUGAAUUUGUCACAUCUAUGCCUGGCGGACUGCACCUACCUUUCGGACAACGCCAUUGUCGCGCUCGUGGGCGCGGCCAAGAAUCUGACGCACCUCGACCUGUCAUUCUGUUGCGCCUUGUCUGACACGGCGACGGAAGUGGUGGCGCUCGGGCUGCCGCAGUUACGGGAGCUUCGGCUCGCCUUCUGCGGCAGCGCCGUCUCGGACGCGAGCUUGCAAUCGGUGGCGUUGCACCUGAACGAACUCGAGGGGAUUUCUGUCCGGGGCUGCGUUAGAGUCACUGGCGGCGGAGUGGAAAACUUGCUUGAGGGAUGCGGGCGGAUACAGUGGGUGGACGUGAGCCAGUGCCGCAACCUCGAGAACUGGAUCCGAACGGGAGGCGUCAUGCGAUGGGGCUUCGACGAGCGCGGCGGCAAUGGCCUUUUGCCUGGGCAGAUACCCUUGCCGUUGCCCAACCCGACACGCACUACCAACCACGUGGGGCUGGGCGGCCGACCGCUGAGCUUCCGGCGGAGAACGAGAACGCCGGUGCGGUUCAUAGUGGAGAAGGGUUCCUUGGGACUCCGAUGA